ACCCACUUCCCUCUUUCACUGUCACUGAGCAGCUAUCUCUCUGUAAGCCCAAGAAACAGAUUCUUCGGUGUUGGGAUUAGAUUAGGAGCUCCGAACCCGCAUUGCACUCAGUUCACCUACUAAACGACAGCGUAGAGAAACAGAUAGUGUCAGUGUGUAUGUGAAAGAGGUAAUGUCGAUGACGAUGGUGAUGGAGGAAGACGAAGACGCAGAAAUAGAGCACGUCUUCGUUGCUCAUGAAAUCGAUCUCGAUUACGAGUUCGACGCUGCUCGGUUCUUCGAUUUCACUCGACCGGAGACUCCAGCGGAAGCUCACCAAGCUGAGUUUUGGUUUCAAACUGCUGCUAGUUACCCUCCUUUGCCGUUUGUGAGAAGGCUGGUUAUGAGAAAGGAUUUGUUCUUGGACGAUUUUAGCGAUUCGCCAAAAUCCGAACACCUGAACUGCACGAGUAAUGUUGAUGAUGAAAAAUCCAGUGUUCCGUUACAGACGGGAAUUUUGGACACGGCUUUUGAAGAUAAUGGACUUACAUUUGGAAGUAAGACAAUCGGGAAUAAUUUGAAUUCUAAGGCUAAGUCUGCCGUGUCCAAGAGUUCAACACUAAUGAAACCUACCACCAGUCAAUUGGCCAAGCAAAAUCUCCCUGCUAAAAUUGUUGGUUCAAGAUUUCAAAAGCUACUAUCUCAGAAUGAACAAAGUUUAUCUAUCUCUUCUGGGGUAGAAAGUCAAGCUGCCAAGAGGCAAAAACUAGAGGGCGGUCUCUUGUGUAAGGUUCCAGAUGUGAAGCCUCAAACCAAUUUUUUCCACAAGACUCGAAUGAGGGAUGUCAUGGUUGAACAAAACUCUACAUGUUCGAAGCUGAGGCUUACUAUUCCAAGGGAGCCUGACCUUAGAACAGCACAGAGAGCACAUAGGAUAAGACCUAAAAAUGUUGCUGAGGCAGAGCGAGUAACAGUUGCAGCUCCCAGAUUCAAAGCUCGCCCAUUAAAUAGAAAAAUUCUUGAGGCUCCUUCAUUGCCACCUCCCAAAAGGAGCACUCCACGGUUGCCUGAAUUUCAAGAAUUUCACUUGAAAACUUCGGAGAGGGCAAUCCAACACACAUCUGCUACGUCAUCUUCACUUCACUGCUAUGAUUCUGAUAAGGGUUGGGACAAGCAUACUAACGUUUCUUUAGAAAAUAGAAUCAAGGAUUUAAGAAGACCUACCCCAGGAGGUGCACCAACGUAUGAUGGAUUGGGGUUUACACACAUUUUUAAAGCUCGGCCACUUAAUAAGAAGAUAACUCAAAGUAAAGGAGAUGGUGGUUUCCGUAACUGCAGACAGGAAACAACACUCCCAAUGGAAUUUGAUUUACAGUCUGAAAAGGAGGUUCAGCAAGAUCCGCCAACUGAACUCUUUAGCAAGCUUUCUCUGGCAUCUGAGUGCCAGCCAAAUAAUGGAUCUCAUUUCAAACUGCCUCAGCAUUCCGGGAUGUGUAGAAAGGAGAAGACUUUUAUGUUUGGGGCAAGUCAAACUUCUCGAGGGAAUCGCGGUUGCAUCAAUCUGAUGGGUGGAAGGAGGAGCUUAGGAAUUCGGUGACUAAACUAGGGAAAAUGUGCAACCUGCUUAGUUAUGGGCAUCAAACUAGAAUUUUUGCUGACAUGAGAUUGACUGUACAUAGUUGAAUCUGACCGCGGAUGAUAGGUGUAUAUUUUUUUCUGUACACAGAAUCUUACAUUUUUUUUCUAGGUGAACAGCUUGUAUCUUCUGUAACUGUCCUUGAUCAUAAUUCAAAAAGUAUAUGAUUAAAGGCGAGAGUGUUGCAGUCCCUUAAGCUUAUGUUUAAUUUCUCUUUUCAUAGCAUUAAUCAAUAUGUAAUUUAUUUAUCCUAAUUUCUGGAAUGGUAUAUGUAACUGGACCGAGUUCGGAUGCCCAAUCGACUGGUAUAUCCCUUUCACAUUUCUUGGUCAUUUCUCUUUCAACUUGAAUUAACUUU